CAGUGCUGUUUCACAUACAUAUUUCCCGUCUGUACAUGGACUAUGAAGAGGAUGAUGAUAUUUCCUUUGCAAAAUGGAUGAGCAGUUUCUGGGGACACAGUGUGACUGAUGAAAAGGAAAAAGAAAGAAGGGCACAUAGAAAACAGCAGGCAAGAUCCUUGGGUGAAAGAAGAGCCUCCCUUCCGGCCAAGCUUUCUUCCAUCCAUAUGACACGGCUUCCUGGUUCUACCAAGUUUCCAUCACCAGGACAUCUGAAGGGGUGCAAAGAAUUGAGAAAAGACCAAGAUACAAAAUGCCAUUGUCAUAUGAAGGCAUGCAAAAAAUCAUCAAAUGGUACUUCUUCCCAGGGGACAAGUGGCCCAAACAGUAGAUCAAACUCAAUCCAGGAGUUUUCAGAAUCCUUUGAGAGGCAACUGCAUUUCAAAAACAAGCGCUCAGUUUCAUUGGAACCUGAAGGCAUGAAAGAGAGGCGAGAAAGAGAAAAACUGCAUAUUCCCAAGAGUAGAUCUCAUAAAAAAACAGGGGAAAAGAAGGAACCAAAGACAGAGCAAGAGGAAGAAGAAUACCAUGUGGAGCUUCCAGUUGGAAAGAGCAGUUAA